AUGGAGCUGGAAGAGAUCAUAAGCAAGGGAAGGCAUCCAGCUGCGGGGAAGGCUAAUUACUUUCCAUCUCCCAAAGACGCCGACUACUUACUUGGAUCACCUGUUUACAUUGUUGAUCUUGAAGAGAAUGAUACUGAUUCUAGUGGCUGUUGA